CAUAAAUAGAGAGGAGAGAGAAGAGAGAAGAGAGAGAACCCAGCCGAGGCCACCGCCACCGACAUCGCCUCGUAACCCGUCGAAUCCACAUUCCCCGAACCCCACGCCGCCACCACGCGCAUUCCCGAUCCGACCGCGCCGCGUCGCCAGCCCACCAAGGGGAAGGAGAGGAUGUCGUCGCCCUCGCCGGCGCCCGCCCGCCUGGAUCUGGACGGCAACCCCGUCGCGCCCCUCACCAUCUGCAUGAUCGGCGCCGGCGGCUUCAUCGGCUCCCACCUCUGCGAGAAGCUCAUGGCCGAGACCGCCCACGUCGUCCUCGCCGUCGACGUCUACUGCGACAAGAUCCGCCACCUCGUCGACCCCGCGCCGCCGCACCUCGCAGGACGCAUCUCCUUCCACCGACUCAACAUCAAGAACGACUCCAGGCUCGAGGGGCUCAUCAAGAUGGCCGAUCUGACGAUAAACCUGGCGGCGAUCUGCACGCCCGCGGACUACAACACGCGCCCCCUCGACACCAUCUACAGCAACUUCAUCGACGCACUCCCAGUGGUUAAGUACUGCUCCGAGAACAACAAGCGUCUCAUCCACUUCUCCACGUGCGAGGUCUACGGCAAGACCAUCGGCAGCUUCCUCCCCAAAGACCACCCUCUCCGCAAGGAACCUGAAUUUUAUGUUCUGAAAGAAGAUGAGUCACCCUGCAUUUUUGGUCCAAUCGUGAAACAGCGAUGGUCCUAUGCAUGUGCAAAGCAACUUAUUGAGAGGCUUAUUUUUGCUGAAGGUGCAGAAAAUGGCCUUGAGUUCACAAUUGUGAGACCUUUCAAUUGGAUUGGACCAAGGAUGGACUUCAUUCCUGGUGUUGAUGGCCCUAGUGAGGGUGUGCCUCGGGUUUUGGCUUGCUUCAGUAACAAUCUGCUCCGCCGAGAGCCCUUGAAGCUUGUUGAUGGGGGCCAGUCUCAGAGAACUUUUGUUUACAUUAAGGAUGCCAUCGAAGCUGUUGUUUUGAUGAUUGAAAAUCCUGCUCGAGCUAAUGGUCACAUCUUCAAUGUUGGGAAUCCCAGCAAUGAAGUUACUGUUAGGGAGUUGGCCCAAAUGAUGACAGAGGUCUAUGCAAAUGUCUCAGGAGAGGCACCACUGGAUGAACCCAUGAUUGAUGUGAGUUCGAGUCAGUUCUAUGGUGAAGGAUAUGAUGAUAGUGACAAGAGAAUCCCUGACAUGACUAUAAUCAACAAGCAGCUAGGUUGGAACCCAAAGACACCUCUCAAGGAUUUGCUGGAGACAACAUUGACAUAUCAGCACAAGACAUACAAGGAAGCUGUCAAAAGGCAAAUGUCACAGGCUUCAGCGUCGAGUUAGAUAACCCGAUCCUCGGAUGGAAAAGUGGUGACAGGCGCUCAAUCAGAGCGCAGCCACAGGUGUAAUGAUGUUUUGGAAGUCGGAUACGUAUACGCUAGUAAUCGUUUUUGAGGCUCUAGUUGCUCCCUAGAUGUCCAUCUUGUUAGAUUCCGUGCUGCUAUCAAGGGGAAGGGAUGUUAUCCGUAUGGCAGAGUUGAUGUACUCCAUCCAUUGUACUUUGGUUGCUCCUCGUGCUGUGUCAAGUCAUUCUUUGGAAUCAUUUCAUUGGCGAGAGCUGUUAUUGUUCGUAUGUUGCAACCUGAGUGAGUUUAUUAGUUGUGCACAAAUUUC